GCUUGUACUGUCUCGACUCUCGACGACGACGCCGACACCUAGACUUUUGUAGGAGGUUCACUGCUUAGGCGGGGGUGUGUACGUGAUAAUACUUCUCUUGUCGUUUGUGGGCAAUUCCCGCCAUGUCUGCACUCUUCAACUUCCAAUCGCUGCUGCUCGUGAUCCUGCUACUGAUCUGCACGUGCACAUAUGUGCGCGCUGUCGCGCCUCGCCUGAUUGACCGGAACAAGGAAGGAUUCCUGGGCCUGUUCUGGAUGUCUGCACGGAUAGGGGAACGUCUGUCGCCCUAUGUCGCGCUUGCAUGUGUCGCUAUGGCCAUCACGCUGCUCGUACAAUAGCCACUGGCCGUCCCGCGCUGCCGUCGUGGAUGCCCCCGUCAAUGCAUUCUCUCAGUCUUCCCCCGCCUCGGAUCUACCCCUCGUACCUGGUUCACCUCCCUGCAUGUUCCGUCCCGCAAUCUACACUCGGCCUGACAAGCGAUCGGUACCCGCUUCAUGCGAAAGGAGCGGGCGCUGCACACACACCCUGUCGCUCUCAGCUGACGUUCAGGCGCAUGGCGCUGAUCGUGGACCACAGCUAUCAUAUGCUCCUCUGGACGCUUUUCCACCAGGCCAUCGCCGUAGCGCCCCUCUAGUCUAGACCUAUUAUCUGCUUCAUCAGAGCGGCCCCAUCCCGUUUCCCAUACCCCCCAAACCAGUGGCUGACCCCGACCCGGCAUCC